ACAAGCGGCGUGUUAUUUCCUCUUCACCACACCAGCUCUCUCUCUAACCUUGAUUUCUCCAAACCCCUAUUCUUCUCUCUAGAUUCCUCUUCAAUUGAGCCAUUGAAUCUCCAUUCUGUAAGUGCCUAGAUAAUCUUGACGUCAAAGGCUUCGAGUUGCACCGAUCAAUUUCUAGGUUCCUCCUCGGGUGACUCUUGUUUUUAAUUGGGGAUUAAGAAAAAGGGGGCAAAUUCCUUCUGUGCUACCAAUUGAAGAGGACCCGGAUUUUGCAGCAUCAAUUUCUUGCAAAGGCUGUGGCUUUCUAUUUCAAACUGUGAAGAAUCCACUCCAGCAAUUGAUAUUGAUAGGACCUGAUGUUUUAUAAGAAACAAUGGAGUGUAGCUCCUUAUAAUAGGGAAAACUGUUGAAACGCAACGCAACGCAACGAAACCACCAUUGUAGUGUUCGUUUGAGCUUCACUUCCUUUCCACAGCCAGGGACCUCAAUCAAUGGUGACAAGAAGAAAGCUCCUGAAUUUGUUAUCAGCUCUAAACGUUUCUGACCUACUUCCUCAUCACGCCAAUGCAAUUAACCGUUUUUCGAAAACCCCCAAAACCCUUAGGGUUUAUUACGGAACCCAAUCAUCCAAACUCCCCGAAUACGAGAUGCCAUCGGUAACAUGGGGCGUGAUCCAAGGUCGCAAGGAGAAGCUCGUUUCGCGAGUAAUCAUCUUCGACUACCUCAAGGGUUUGGGAAUCAUCCCGGACGAGUUGCACGACCUCGAACUUCCCUCCACCGUAGACGUCAUGCGUGAGCGUGUCGAGUUUCUCCAAAAAAUAGGUCUAACCGUCGACGAUAUCAACAAUUACCCUUUGAUCUUAGGUUGCAGUGUCAGAAAAAACAUGAUCCCCGUGUUGGGGUACUUAGAAAAAAUUGGGAUUGGAAGGCCCAAGCUUGGGGAAUUCGUUAAGAAUUACCCGCAGGUGUUGCAUGCUAGUGUCAUUGUUGAGCUUGCUCCUGUUGUUAAGUUCCUCAGGGGCCUUGAUGUGGAGAAAGAUGAUAUCGGGUAUGUGUUGCAGAAGUACCCUGAACUUCUUGGGUUCAAGCUUGAGGGUACUAUGAGCACUUCGGUGGCUUAUCUUGUUAGUAUUGGAGUGAACCCUAGAGAUAUCGGUCCAAUGGUUACUCAGUAUCCUUAUUUCUUAGGGAUGAGAGUUGGAACUGUGAUCAAGCCCUUGAUUGAUUACUUGGUCGAUUUAGGGCUACCGAAGAAGGUUUUGGCUAGGAUGUUGGAGAAGAGAGCUUACAUUCUUGGCUAUGAUCUUGAGGAAACUGUGAAACCAAAUGUGGAAUGUUUGAUUAGUUUUGGUGUUAGAAGGGAGUGUUUGGCUUCGGUUAUUGCUCAAUAUCCGCAGAUUCUUGGGCUGCCUCUCAAGGCUAAGUUGUCCACGCAGCAGUACUUUUUCAGUUUGAAGCUUAAGGUUGAUCCCGAAGGGUUUGCACGGGUGGUGGAGAACAUGCCUCAGGUAGUUAGCCUCAACCAGCAUGUGAUUAUGAAGCCCGUUGAGUUCCUCCUUGGAAGGACUGUAACAGUGGAGGAUGUAGCUAGAAUGGUGAUCAAGUGUCCUCAGUUGGUGGCAUCGAGAGUUGAGCUGAUGAAAAACAGCUAUUACUUCUUUAAGAGUGAGAUGGGGAGGCCAUUGAAAGAGCUUGUGGAAUUCCCGGAGUACUUUACUUAUAGUUUGGAGUCUAGAAUCAAACCCAGAUACCAGAGGCUCAAGAGUAAGGGGAUAAGAUGUUCGUUGAAUUGGAUGCUGAAUUGUAGUGACCAGAGGUUUGAAGAGAGGUUGCAGGGUCAUUACAUUGAAACUGAAAGUGCAGGUCCCAGAUUCUGUAUGGGAGGGAAAUUGGAGCUACCGGGGAAUGACAUAAUGUCUGAUGACGAAGCUGAGAGUGAUGAUGAAGUACUAUACACAAGAACUGUUUCUCUAUAGCUCAGCAAUUUUUUUAUUUUUCUGCGGUUGGUGAAACCAUUGCAAAGUAUAAUUGUCAUCAAUUGGAGGAGUAAUUUUAUCUGUUUUGUCCCCAUUUGUAUUGCCAAUAGAUGCAUAUCACUUUUUCUAUUCAUUCGUUUGCUUUGGAGGCAAUAGUGAAGUCUGAAACCCUUAUAGUUUGCCCUGAAUAUCCAUGUAAAUUAUGUUUGUUGUUUCCUUCAUGAUCUAGUGAUAAACUAACAGUGCCAUAAAGGCAGAAUUUUGAACACUACUUUAUCUGUUAAUGAUAUUUGUGGAAACAUGGUGGAUCAUAUAAAAGCGAUAGGAACUAUUUUUGUUUUCUUGUAAA